AUUGAAUGUCAUCGGCUCGAAUUGUCAAUAGUUUGUUUAAUCAACGUAGACAACAACACAGAUAAAUGAACUGAAUUGGAUCGCUUUUUUCGAUUUUUUCUCGAGAAAAACUCAACAAAAUGGAUAUCGGUGCGCUAUCGGAAGAAAAUUUCGACGCUGUCGACUGGAUCAACAGAACUCUAAAGAAAUCGGAUGAUCAACAAAACAAAGAGGUGGUCGUUUCGUCGCUUGUUUCAAAGUUGCAACUGUAUGUGCAGCAAGUGAAUUCGGCUUUAGAAGAAACCAGUCAACAAGUACUGGCUUCAAUGCCACGUAUCAUGAACGAUGCACAGAAUUUACAAGCUGAAGCAUGUCAACUGAAAGUGAAAAUGGCUGAGAUUCAGAAGGAUAUUUUCCAAGUGCACAAAGAAACGAGUGCUUGUAUGUCGAAUUUGGAGCGAUUAGAUUCAAUGAAGACGACGUUACAAAUUGCCAAAGAGGGUCUUCAAGAGAGCGAUGGUUGGGGAAAAUUAGUCACCGAACUUGACGACCUCUUCGAACAAAAUGAUGUGAAGAAAGCAUGUGAGAAGCUGAAAGCCUUGCAAAAGUCUCUAAUCGCUCAAAUUGGACUGCCGGGUCAAAGUGAACGGGAAUCACAGAUCGAAGGGUUUAAAAAUCGUCUUGAGGCGCUUGCAAGUACAGCUGUAGUGCAAUGUUUCACCAACGGUGAUAUCGAACAAUCGAAAUACUACGUUGAAAUCUUCACCAAUAUGGAUCGUUUGCCUCAGUUGAUUCAAUACUACAUGACAGUUCAGAAGCGUAUUCUACAGCAGCAAUGGUCUGAAACGGUGGAACUGAGCCAAAAUUCCAGUUCAACGGCAUUCUUGCGAGAAUUCUACGAUAAUCUAUUUCAGUACUAUCAAAAGCAGCAGAAAUGGUGCACCGUCGUGUUUGGACCGGCUCAAUUCACACCGGUGUCAGUUCUCACCGAACUGCUUCCGAAUCUUCAACCAUCACGUGAAAACACCGUCAUUAGCUGCCUGAAACGAAACGAUGACAAAUUGACAACGCUUCAAGACAUUUCAACUGCAAAUGUAUACUUUGGGCGAUUAUUCAUUGACACGUUUGAAAAUGGUGCUGAAAAAAUUGACUUACCACUGGUGAAAUCAUUUUCAUCGGCCAUUUUCGAUUACUUCAACACAUUCAUCGGGCAAACAGCUAGUUUUGAACAGCAAUGGCUUUCAUCACAUUUGUCCGAAUUGAAUUUAAUUCAUUCCACGGCGACGGAAAGCGUUAGAGCCAUAGGAAAUGCAACGGGCAAAAUUUUUGGCUGGAUCGAUGAAACCCUGAAACGUUGUCAAGUGAUCACACAAAAUUGCGGUCUGCCAGCGAUUGUGAUUGUUUUGAAUGAUUUCUUAAAGUCAGUGUUGGAAAAGUUUAGGAAGGCACAGCAACAAUUGCAUGCCUCUCAAGGCAUGGAACACGAUUGGAAUUUGUUGCAAACCUGUGUCUCAUUAUUGGAACACAUUGGUGAUUUUCGUUUGAAGCUCAGCGAAUUCGAGCAAAGAAUCGUGCAAUCCGUUCAGGAGAAGAAGAAAGAAAUCGACGAAGGCGACCUAAAAAUAGCGUAUAUUUGUUCCACUCACAAAACGUCUGGCAAGCGUGAGUUAAACGAUUUCCAGAAGUUGGUGGAAAAUUCGCAGGUGCUCUCAUCGUUCGAUCAACGAGGUGGCAUUUUUGCGUCGGUUUUCGAUUCAAUCAAACCGAUCUGCGAAUACAUUCAUGACACCACUUUAGCAGCCAUUUUCGCACCCAUUGAAAAUCAACUGAAAGCCGCUAACAUUGAGAGUGAUGAAAAUAUGGAAUUGAAUGGCGAUGACUUGCCAGAUUAUAGUUUUGCACCGCAAGAAUUCAUCACAGUCAUUGGUCAAUAUUUGUUAACAUUACCACAACAUUUGGAACCGUUAAUGCUAACACCAAGUCAACAACUAAAAUCGGCCCUUGAACUUUGCGAUGAACGAUACGCACGCGUAGGUACCACAAAUGAGGCAAGCGCCGACAUUUUAUUGUCGCUUGUAACCGAAGAGUGUUGUGCGUUGUACGUGGAGCGAAUUGGAAAAAUUGCUGAAAUUAGCACAUUCGGAGCAAAGCAAUUGGCCUGUGAUAUCGAGUAUUUGGGCAGUGUCUUAGAAGAACUGGGCCAUUCACUCAGCACGAAUCUACAGCAAAUGAUCACGUUACUGCGUGCACCAGCUGAUAAUUACCUUGCUGUGAGCGCUGGAUGCGACCCACGAUUAGUCACUGCUGUACGGCAAAUGCGAAAGAUUCUAUCGAAAGAUUGAAAGAAAAUCUGAAACGCAUUCUUUAUUCUAUUAUGUCAUUGUUACUUUAUUCUAUUAGAUCAUCUAAUUUCAAGCAGUAAUUAUAUUAAUGAUUUUAAUGAAAUAAAUAUAAACGAAAUAAAUGGCAUCAUAAA